GAUCCUGCCCUUCUUCCCUGACGCGAUAAACAUGGCUCCUUCGAAAUUCGCCUCUGUUGAAAGUGCUCCUCCAAUUGAAGUGUUUGCCCUGAACAAAGCCUAUGUUGAGGACACAUUUCCCCAAAAAGUAAACCUUGGAGUUGGAGCAUACAGAACUGACGAAGGGAAGCCAUGGGUUCUACCUAUUGUUCGCCAAAUGGAACAAAAGUUAGCUGCUGAUGAAACAUUAAACAAGGAGUACCUUCCUGUCUUGGGAUUUGAACCAUUAGCUAGUGCAGCAACUCGUAUGGUUCUUGGUGCUGAUUCACCUUCUCUCAAAGAAGGCAGGGCCACCGGAAUCCAGUGCUUGAGUGGAACAGGAGCUCUGAGGGUUGGAGCUGAAUUCCUUGCUCGCAUUGCAAAGCAUACAGUUGUGUACUCAUCCAACCCAACUUGGGGAAAUCAUAGUUUGGUAUUUUUGAACGCUGGAUUUACCAGUUAUCGUUCCUACCGCUAUUGGGACGCCGCAAAAAAAGCAUUAGAUUUCGAUGGUUUGAUGGAAGAUCUACGCAAUGCCCCAGAAAAUUCCGUUAUCAUUUUGCAUGCUUGCGCCCAUAACCCGACAGGCGUUGACCCUACUCAGGAUCAAUGGAAGCAAAUUGCCGAUUUAAUUGAAGAACGUGGAUUAUUCCCUUUCUUUGACUCAGCAUAUCAAGGAUUUGCUUCCGGCGAUUUGGAUCGCGAUGCUUGGGCUGUUCGCUACUUUGACUCGCGUGGAUUCGAAAUGGUCUGCUCUCAGUCAUUUGCCAAAAACUUUGGACUUUACAAUGAGCGAGUUGGCAAUCUAACGUUUAUUGCCAAAGAUAGAUCUGUUAUUGAACCCGUUCGUUCGCAAAUCACUCUUCUUGUUCGAGCUAAUUACUCGAAUCCCCCUAAUCAUGGCGCCCGUAUCGUGGGAACAGUGCUGAACGACUCAGUUUUGACUGAGCAAUGGAAAAGUCAUAUUAAAACAAUGGCCGAUCGUAUUAUAUCAAUGCGCCUUGGCCUGCGGGAGCGCUUAGAGAAACUGGAAACGCCUGGAACUUGGAACCAUAUUACGGAUCAGAUCGGAAUGUUCUCUUUCACAGGACUUGGCCCCCUGGCAGUUGACAAGCUGAUUGCAGAGCAUCAUAUCUACUUGCUUAAAGGUGGCCGAAUUAAUAUGUGUGGAUUGAAUUCAGGCAAUAUCGAUUACGUUGCCAAGUGCAUCCAUGAAGUGGUCACCACGACACAAGAAGCUAGUCUUUAAACCAAAUUACCAAGUGCAAAAAGACGUAGUAAACCAGCAGUGCUGAACGUUUUACUUCGGGUGUUAUUUUUACUCAUUUUUUUAUAUGUAUAGUAGCAAUAUCGGUGUAAGUUCAAUAAUAAGGUAAAUAUAAUUUAUAGAUUUAGGCCGAAA